AAACAAUCAUAAUACUAUAAUAAAAUAAUUUAUUAUUUUAUGGUUUUUAUUAAAUUAAAACAUUCUGGGGUCAUAUCUUGUAGUUAAUAGUUAUUGGAUUGCAGUUGGUUUGUUGGUGAACUGAGGGUAAAACCGUAACUAUAGUAUCCAUUACACGGUUGACGUCGAGUAUAAAUAGCUUUGUGCUACCAAUUAAACUCCUUGAGAAACAUUACACCGAAGCAACUAACUAAACCAAUCAUUAAACUCGACGGCGAAAUGGAAAAAGAAACGGCGUCGCUUAGGUGGGAGGGUAAAAAAGUCGCCCAAGUCAACGGCGUCACGGCGGAGCAAAUCUGGUCAGUUGUUUCAGACUUCUGCAAUAUCCACAAGUGGUUACCAACCAUUGACACAUGUUACCGUGUCGAAGGAACCGAUGGUCAGCCCGGUCUGGUCCGAUACUGCACCUCCACCAAAACCAAGGACGAUGAGGAAACCAAAUGGGCUAGAGAGCGUUUGGUCAAGAUCGAUCCAGUCGAACGGUGUUUGAGCUAUGAGGUCCUCGAGAAUAACGUAGGGUUCAGAUCUUACGUGGCGACAGUCAAAGUAACGACGGUAGACGGUGGUGAUGAAUCGGACGGUGGAAAAGUUUGUCUACUAGAGUGGUCGUUUGCGUCUGAUCCUGUUGAUGGAUGGAAGAAGGAAGAUCUUGAAUCCUUUGUUGAUUUUUUUCUUAAACAUUGGGCGAGUAAAAUGGAAAUGAAUCUGUAAACCCUUGUGUAUGUUGUGAAAGCUCAUUGUAUUUCAUGCGUGUGGUUUUCAACUUAUCGUAAUAAAAAGUGAAUUAAAGAUA